AUGAUUGGAUGUUUUGAUCUUCCUCGUAAGCCUUCGUUGAAAAAACCUCCUCAAAGUCCAGAAUUUGUCGAUACAAAAUUUUGGCUUUACACAAGACAAACAACAACCGAUUUGGAUAUAAAUUAUGACGAUAUUCUCUUUUGUGCCAAAAACCUUCAAGUCACAAAACAUAAUGCUCACCUUUUACAAUAUGGCGACGGUUCAAAAUCAAUUAAAAAUUCUGGAUUCGAUCCUAAAAAACCAUUGAAAGUUUUAAUACACGGAUUUAAAGGAUCAGGCAAAGAUAAGGGAGCAUUAUCAGGAGUAAAAGAAUUUUUAAAGUUGGAAGAUGUAAACGUUGUGGUUGUCGAUUGGGAAAAAGGAGCCGCUGAUGGAUAUUCCACAGCAGUUGCAAAUACAGAACUUGUGGGUAGGCAAACGGCCAUAAUGUUAAUGGAUUUAAUCGGAUGGGGAGCAUCGGUUAAAGACAUACACGUCAUUGGAUUUAGUUUGGGUGCACACAUAGCCGGAUGUGCGGGAGAAAUGUUGAAAUCGAGAGGUUUUAAAUUGGGCAGGAUAACAGGUUUGGAUCCUGCAAGUCCAUUAUUUAAACAUCAUGUCGUUAGAGAACCAUCUACUAAACUCGAUGCUACAAAAGCAGAUUUUGUUGAUGUGAUUCAUACAGACGGUUCCAGAGUUUUUACCGAUGGUUUUGGUCUUUUAAGGCCUAUCGGACACGUUGAUUUUUUUCCCAACGGUGGUAGAGAACAAAGAGGAUGUAAUGAUGGUCGAGGUUCUGUCGUGGUUAGCCAUUUCGAGGGAACAGUUAAUUCAAGUGUAGUCUGCAGUCACAUCAGGGCAUGGCAAUUGUUUUUAGAAAGCGUAAUCAAUCUCCAAAACCCGGACGGUUGUCAAUUUAUCGGUUACCCCUGUCUUGAAGGUAGUGACGGUUUCAUACGUGGAAAAUGUUUUAUAGAACCUAGGAAAAGAUGUUUACCAGGAGAUCCCGAAUGUAAUAUUAUGGGAAUGGGAGCUUAUGUAAAUGGUGCACGUGGUGCUCUUUAUUUAGCAACGAGGGAUUCAAAUCCUUACUGCGGUGAACAAAUGCAACUUAACGUAGAAAUAUCACCAACGGCUGAAAAAACAAGAGGAUACCUAAAUGUAAGGCUUAAACAUGGAGAUCAUUUUACUAAUUUUAAGGUAACCGACGAGUAA